GCUGAUUGGCUAGCCUCGCACGUGAUUUUGUUGGUGGCCACGAAUGCUUCUGAGAUACCCGGAACACACCUAGGGCACCGGUCCCCUUGCCCCUUUUCCCUUUCUUCAGCCCACAUCCCAUCCGAGCCAUGGCAGGUGACAUAACUGAUACAGGGGAGCUCUACUCUCCAUUUGUUGGUCUUGUGUACAUGUUCAAUUUGAUUGUGGGCACAGGUGCACUUACCAUGCCAAAGGCAUUUGCCAAGGCAGGCUGGAUGGUGAGCCUCAUCCUUAUUAUCUUCUUGGCAUUUAUGAGUUAUAUGACCACAACAUUUGUAAUAGAAGCCAUGGCUGCAGCUAAUGCUCGACUGCGCUGGAAGAGAUGGGAGAAGGAGGAGGAAUUGGAUUCAUCUGAAAAUUCUGAUAAUGAAUCUCUGUCUCCAGAUGGGUAUGACAGCUCAGAAGUCCGACCUAUCCUUUCUGUGCAGCGCCGUGGUUUAUCCGACUCUUUCGAAAUUGUGGAGCGAGUGGAAAUGGGGCAGAUGGCGUCAAUGUUUUUUAAUAAAGUUGGUGUAAACCUCUUUUAUUUGUGCAUAAUUAUAUAUCUUUAUGGAGACCUGGCAAUCUAUGCAACUGCUGUACCUCUGUCGCUUGUACAGGUCACAUGCUUCUCUGUGAACGGGUCUUGUGAAUCUGGGACAGCAGAGAUGAAUGAUACACAACCAUGUUGGGGGAAAAUUAGACGAAUUGAUGCUUAUAGGAUAUAUUUGGCUGUAUUCACUCUGCUUCUCGGCCCAUUUACCUUUUUUAAUGUGCAAAAAACAAAGUACCUCCAGAUCUUAACUUCACUAAUGAGAUGGAUUGCUUUCAUCAUCAUGAUCGUGAUAGCUUUGGUCCGUAUUGGCGAGGGUAAAGGUGAAGGUCAUCCUCCUGUUGCAGACACCUCUGGGAUCCGGAACCUGUUUGGCGUCUGUGUAUAUUCAUUCAUGUGCCAGCAUUCUCUGCCUUCACUGAUCACCCCUGUGUCCAGGAAGAAACACUUAACCGGACUCGUCUUUUUGGACUACACAUUGGUUCUUUCAUUUUACAGCCUACUUUGCUUCACAGCUAUAUAUUGCUUCUCCUCUGGAGCGCUCAUGGACAUGUACACUCUUAACUUCAGCGGGUGUAGGCCUUUUGUGCCUCAGGUGAUUGGCUACUUUCUGGGACUGUUCCCAGUGUUCACUAUCAGCACCAACUUCCCCAUCAUUGCAGUCACAUUGCGCAAUAACUGGAGGACUCUCUUUCACCGUGAAGGAGGGACCUACCCAUGGCUUGUUGACCGUAUUGUCUUCCCAUUAAUAACUCUGGUCCCUCCCAUCAUUGUUGCAUUCUGUACCAACCACCUUGAAAUACUAGUGAGCAUUACAGGUGCAUAUGCUGGCAAUGGCAUCCAGUAUGUUAUCCCGGCUUUUCUUGUGGCCUGCAGCCGUAAAGACUCUUCCUUAACAUAUGGACCCGAACUCGCUAACAAGCAUAGGUCACCUUUCAAACAAGUGGGUUGGGUGUGGUUUGUCCUCCUAUGGUCACUAACAUGUUUUAUAUAUGUAACGGCCAACAUAAUCCUGACUGAUGGUAGCCUAUAAAUAUUGCAUACUGUGCUCAUCUUGGACCUGACGAGGCUACUUUGUGCAGGACACAGUAGCUGGCCUUCAGUUAUUGACUAUCAGCACUGCAGCUUGUUCCUGAUUUGCUUUUAAAGCCGAUGAAGCUACGGGGCUGGCCCCAUUCUCGCUGGACGUUUGAUUUGUCGAUGACGUUGUUGUAAUGACCCUAAACAAGUCUGUAGCGUAAUCUGUUGCCGGAAGUCACAGACGGUUAACUCUUUCAUAAUCAAUCUUUCUGUGCCUUUUUCCUUCACCAUGCUAAGCUGGAUCGUGGAAGCACUGCCAGUCCUUUUGCAUGUCUUUUAGCUCCCUAGCUCGUGAUGGACGUUUAAAAUUGCCUCAGUUU